AUGGCGCUCCCAGCUCGCAUGACUAUCAAGCAAGCCGGCAUCCCGACCGCAAUCGUCGGCGUAGUCGCUGCAGGCGGCCUCUACGUUGCAUACUCAUCUUUCCAACCCUCAAAAAAGGCUUUCGGGGGAGGUCUGACUGGGAGUUUGAAGUUGCAGAAUGCAGAGGAUGUCAAUCACAACACAAAAAGACUACGCUUCUCAUUUCCCCGCCCCGAGGAUGAGACCGGGCUGACAUAUGUCUCAUCGGUUUUGACGGCGUCAUGGCCAAAGGGAAGCAUCACACCUGUUUUCAGACCAUAUACACCAGUUAGCAAUCUCGAUGCUCCCGGCUUCGUCGACUUGCUAGUCAAGAAAUACCCUGAAGGCAAAGCCAGCACACAUCUCCACUCUCUACAGCCAGGCGACUCGUUAUUUUUCGCCUUCCCCAUCAAGGCAUACACCUGGGAGCCCAAUCGCUAUGAGCACAUCACAUUAAUCGCUGGUGGAGCCGGCAUCACCCCGCUAUAUCAACUCAUCCAAGGCAUUCUUAAGAACCCGACCGACCGCACCAAGAUGACCCUGGUUUUUGGCGUCAAUACCGAAAACGACAUACUCCUCCGCGACGAGUUUGAAUCAUAUCAGAAACAGUUCCCCGACCGGUUCAAGGUUGUUUAUACGGUCAGCAGUAACUCUAUUGAAAAGACUUCGACCGAGUUUCGAAAUGGCCGUGUUACAAAGGAGCUGCUGAAAGAGCUUUUGCCAUCGACAUCAGGUAAUGAUACGAAAGUAUUCCUCUGCGGACCUCCUGCAAUGGAGGACGCCUUAACGGGUAAGGGAAGGGGUGAAAGCGGAAUCCUGGGCGAGUUGGGGUAUAGAAAGGACCAGGUUUUCAAGUUUUGA